AUGGAGAAAUUACAUAUUGUGAGUUGGAAUGUAAAUGGCUGGAAGAAAAGUUGUGAAAUAAUAAAAAAAAAUGGAAUGAGUAUAGAAAGUUUUUUAGAAAAGUUAGAUAUAGAUAUAUUAUGUUUACAAGAAACAAAAACUAAUGAUGGGGUUAUUGAAUAUGAACCAAAUGUGUUAAAUGCACAUUCAGAUAAAUAUGAAACAUAUUGGAAUUGCUGUAUAAAAAAGGAAAAUAGUAAUAAAGUAAAUAAAGGGUAUUCAGGACUAUCUAUUUUUGUAAAUAAAAAAAUACAAACAAUUUGUUCAUCACGCAAUCCUUUUAAGAAUUUUUUUUUUUCUAUAAAAGAUAUAUCAAAAUAUUCAUUUUUUGUGGGAAAAAAAUAUCAAAUAGACAAAUCAGCUAUUUCAUUUUACUUACCAAAUGAUACUAAAUAUAUUAGCAAUUUAAAUGAACUUGAAAAUAAUGUGAAUAAUUUUUUUGGAGAAGGAAGAUUAUUAAUAACUGUUCAUAAACAAUUUAUUAUUGUUAAUACUUAUAUUCCAUAUUCAGGUUAUAGAUAUGAAAAAUUAGAUUACAAAAUGAUGUUUUUGCAUAUGUUAAGAGCAAAGUUAAUUCAGCUUAGAAUAAGUACAGGUUUACCUAUAAUACUCCUUGGUGAUUUGAAUAUAUCAUUUCGAAAUUUGGAUGUACAUUUUCUUAGCAAUUAUAUAAAUUUACAUGACUUGUUAAUAAAAAUUGAUAGUUUUGACUUAAAAGAAAAUAUAAAAAAUAAAAUUCGUAAUGCUUUACCUAUUAUCAUAAAAACUUUGGAAAAUACAGAAAAUUUUAUUAUAAAAAAACAAAAAAAUACACAAAACAUUGAAUCAUAUCAUUUAUUUUUAAAUUUUAAUGGUAAUGUUAAAAAGAUAGGCUCAAAUUUCACAUCGCCUGAAGAAAUUUAUUUCCUUUUUUCUUUAGACCCAUUUUAUGUGGAUGAUAAAUAUAGUCAUUUUCCAAAGGAAUAUUAUUUUUAUUUAGAUAACGAUGUUAGUGAAUUGAAUGCUCAAACAAAAACUAGAGAGCCAAACAUGUCAAAUAUCACGAGUAAUGAUAAUGAAAAUAAUUGGGAAAUGAAUUUGAAUAUUCAUAUUGAAGAAAAUAAUAUUGUGUGGGAUAAAAAUUUCAAACAAAAUUACACCGUCUUUUUGUCGAAUGCUGAAAAAAUGCAUAAAAAUCGUGAACAAAAUAAAUUUUACAAAAUACCCAAUCUUGAAAAUAAGUUGGAGAAUGAGGCACAUAUAAACAGUAAUGAUAAUAAUCUAAGAAAUAAAAUUUUGAAUAGCAAAAAAAUAUUGUGUAAAUAUGAAUUUAAACAUUGCACCAUUAAUGAUAAAUAUAUUGUUAAAAAAAAAAAUGGAAUUUAUUUAAAAUACAUAAAUGAAAUAUUUUUAUCUUUAAAUAUUAUUCUUUCAAAAGAAAAUUUAAUAAAUAUCGCAAAUAAUAUUGGCUAUACAUCCCCAGAAUGUUGUAAUGAUUUUGUAAAUACAUUAAUUUGUGAAGACAAUAUGAUUGAUAUAUUUUCUUAUUUAUAUCCAGACAUGAAUGGAAAGUUUACAUGUUGGGAUACAUAUAAACAAAAUAGAAUAACAAAUAAAGGAUCUAGAAUUGAUUAUAUAUUUGUUGACAGAAUUUUAUUUGAAAUGUUUAUAAAAAAAUAUAACCAUUUAUAUGAUUCUCCAAUAAUUUUAACUAAAGACUUAAAGGAAUUAUUAAAACAAGUAAAAACAGAAAAAGAUGUUACUUUAAACAUCUAUAAUGAUAAAACUGGAAAAAAAAAAAUUCAAAGUAUAAAUUAUGCUAAUGCAUUAAACCAAUUGAGUAAUACUGAUAUAUUGAAUUCUAUCACUUUUAACGGGUUAUAUGCUAAUUAUUUUAACAAAAUUAAAAGGAAAAAAAAACAAAUAAAAUCAGGAAAAAAUAUUAAUAAUGAUUUUAUAUAUGAUGAAGAUAAUAAUGAUAAAGAACUUUUUGAAUUUCAAUUUAAACUUAUAAGUUAUAUUGGAUUUAUUUAUACAUUCCCUAAACUAAGUGAUCAUAUAGCAGUUAAUUGUACUCUUUCUUUUGAAACUGAAAAUAAACAAGAAAAUAAACAAAAUUUCCAAAUAUGUUGUUCAUAUUAUGGUAUAUUUCUUAUCAAAAUAUGUACAUCAGUUUAUCAAUACAUUACAUAUUUACCAUUGUUUUUAACAUCGCCACAACUUUUUUCUUUAUCUUCUUCUAAAUUGUUAAAUUGUGUUCAUAAGUAUAAUAAAAAUUGUUACAAUAUUAUUGAAACACAACCACAUAAAAGAACAAAAAAAAUUACACAAUAUUUUCAAAUUCAAAAAAAAAAAACAUAA